CGGGUCCGAGCGCGGCGCAGUCUUGCGCCAUGGCGCUGCUGUGGGGCGCGCUGAGGGCGCUGGGUGGGCGGCGGGCUGAGCUGUGCGCGGGCUGCGGAAGUCUGCUGCCCUCCCCGCUCAGUUUUAUCUGUGGCCCAAAAUGGUUUUCAUCCUUCAUUGGUAACUGUCCAAAGAAGCCUAUGACUAAAUACAUUCGAUUUUUUCGAGACCAGCUAUCCAAAUGUAGAGCUCAAAACCCAGAAGCAAAAAAUUUAGACAUAGUUAAAGAAAUUGGGAGGCGAUGGAAGGAACUUCCUGAGUCAGAAAAAAAAGCCUAUGAAGCUGCUUAUAAAGCAGACUGGGUGGUAUAUAAGGAAGAACUGGACAGAUUUAACAAAGCACUAACUCCAAGUCAGAAAGAAGCUCUUAAAAAAGAAGUCCUGCAAAAACGUUUAAGAAGGAGUGCGCUAGCAAAAAAGAGAGAAUUAACAGUGCUUGGGAAACCAAAAAGAGCUCGCUCAGCUUAUAACAUUUAUAUGUCUGAAAAAUUCCAAGAAGCUUCUGGUGAAACAUUGCAGGAAAAGAUGAAGUCUGUAUAUGAGAUGUGGAAAAUUCUGCCUUCCUCUCAAAAGCAAGUAUAUGUUCAACUUGCUAAUGAUGACAGAAUUCGUUAUGCUAAUGAGAUCCGGUCUUGGGAAAAACAAAUGGCAGAAGUUGGACGAAGUGAUCUCUUACGUUCGCAGAAGAAGAAAUGAAGAGAUGGCACUGAGGAUUACAGUAGAAGGUUGAGCUCUAUUCAUGAUGGUUAAGCACAAGACACCUAUUAGGUCUCAACACCUAAAGUUGUAAAUGGGUGAGGCUAGAGUUGGUAACCAUUUUAUAUUGAAAUCUUUUUUUUUUUCCCACCCACACACUUGCCAGCAGAGUACCUUUUUAUUAGUAUCUUGAAAUAGGAAACAGGUGGAAGUUCCUGAAAAUUGUAUCUUGUGUUUAAGAACCGUUGGAGAUGAAGAUCUCCAUGUGGAUGAAGCAGAGCAUCACAUUACCUUUGAUGAAGGCACAUCAGAAUGAAAGUUUUUAUAGACUUAACUGCGUCACGAUUAUGGACAUGGUCUUCUGUUUUCCUUGUGCUGUGGAGGCUGUGGUUUCUUUUCAAAAUUGUCUCUUGGUGUCCUAUGAUCUAAGGGUGCAAUUGUAAAGAAGCAGUCAGAGCUCAUCUAACUGUUCUGAUUCCUAGGUGUAAAUCAUAUGCUUACAGUUGGUAGUUGUACAUGCACGUGAUUAUUGGUUCCAGCAGGUUUCAUACAAGGAACUGAUUCAUAACCUUUUUUUCUUUGUUUUUUUUUUUCCUGAAGUAAAUCUAAGUAAUUAUGUACCAAAUCGAUGCAUACUGUUUUAUAUCACGUAGAAUAAAAAUUCUAGUUUUCUAGUA